CGUUUUCUUCAUGAAGCAGCUUUCUUGAUCUCUCGAGAAACAAUGGUAUCCGGUUUUGUUCCUUACAUAGAACUUUUUUCAGUUACAAUCCAUAUUUUUCAUGUGGAUAGUCCUCCUUCUCUUCGAGUCACAAAGUGUGGUACAAUCACGCAUUCCCUAUGGGCACUGUUAAACAUGUCCCAUUGGCCCCCGAGCUGGGUACUACCUUGGUUGUUGGGUUCCCACAUCUGCAAUGGCUGGUAUGGUGCACGACCUUCGGACCUGAAUUCCCCGUUUUACGUGGCCGCGGCGUCAUUUAACGAAGUAGCUUCAGAUAGAAGCUCGUUCAACCUUUCUUCCCAACCUUUCUUUUUAUACUCAUGGUCGAGAGCUCUACUGGUAUUCUGCAACGCGCUAGUUCAUUGAGAGGCCUGCUGGGCUUGGUCGCUCUCGUUAUAGUGCUGCGAUAUCGACGCUCUAAAGUAUCGAAAUAUGUGAAGGAUCUUACCACCGUUGGUCGAAGAUUGGAUGGCGUGGGAUGUGACUUUGAUGAGUUUGAUAUCAUUAUCAUCGGGGGUGGGACAGCUGGUUGUGUUCUCGCGUCGCGAUUAAGCGAAGAUCCUCGUAUUCGCGUCCUUCUGGAGUCUGGCGGAAGCUCCCAGGGUGUGCCAGAAAGUCGCAUACCAUCUGGAUUCGUCAGCAUUCUACGAUCAAAAUAUACCUAUCAUAUCUAUACGGAACCUCAAACAUUUCUGAAAAAUGGCAGAAAGUUAUUCUGGCCUCGAGGUAGAUUCUUGGGCGGAUGCUCUUCCAUCAACGCGCAAAUGGCGCAGUAUGGUUGUCCAAGCGACUUCGAUCAGUGGGCUGAAUUUAUCCACGAUGAUACUUGGUCGUGGAACAAUCUUCGUCGAUACUUCAACAAAUUUGAGAAAUACUCUGCAGACCCUGACUAUCCCCAUGUCAAUCCAGCUCACCGCGGAUCUAAAGGGCCUAUACGUAUUGGGUAUUUCGGUACCAUAGCCCAAUCGUCGAAAGACUUCAUCAAGGCAUGUGUCGAUAUAGGAAUUCCCUAUAACCCAGACUUCAAUGGCCCCGACGGUACUAUGGGCGCGGGCAGAGUAUUGACGUACAUUGACCAGAACAGAGAGAGGGUAUCCUCAGAAUCCGCCUAUCUUACCCCCCAAGUCUUAGCGAGGCCAAAUCUUAAAGUCGCCAUCAAUUCGCAUGUGACGCGAAUACUUUUUGACGGCGAAAAGCGCGCGGUCGGCGUUGAAUACGCUAAUUCAGAGCGUGGCCCUCGUUACCGCUCUCGUGCUCGGAAGGAAGUCAUACUCUCAGCGGGUGCCAUCCAUUCGCCCCACAUUCUCAUGCUUUCAGGCGUUGGCUCAGCUGAACUUCUAGGAAAAUACAACAUCCCUGUUGUUCACGACCUGGCAGGAGUCGGUGGUAACCUCGUGGAUCACCCUGCCAUAGACGUCUCUUAUAAAGAUGCGACCAACAGUUCACCAAACUAUCUGAUACCGCGAACGUUAGCAGACAAACUGGAGCUUUUCAAAGCUCUCCUACACUACAAAUUCCUUCCUUCGGGCGGCCCUUUGGCGACGAACGUCGGAGAAGCUGUUGCCUUUAUUCGUUCGGACGACCCGAAAUUGUUCCCUCCUAGCCAAUAUUCACAGGUAUUGGAGGACAGCACCUCUGGUAUGGGAGCUCCGGACGUGGAGUUCUUCUGUUCGCCUAUAGGGUACAAGCCUUAUGCGCAAGCCUCAUUUGAUGUGCCAACGAGAGCUUUGCAUGUCUGCUUGUUGAGACCAAUGAGUUGUGGUGAAGUUCUCCUCAGAUCAGCCAAUCCUUUUGAUCUUCCAAGUGUCAAUCCCAACUACAUGAAGAACCCUGACGACCUUCAAAAACUCCUUCGCGGACUCCGUCUAUGUUUCCGUAUCGCACAGACUGAACCUUUGGCUUCCCAUCUUGACCAUACAUUCGAGCACGCCGAACUGGACCAUAAGAUGCAUCUUAAAUCCGAUGAAGAGCUAACUGAAAUUCUCAAGUCCCGGAUAAAGACUUUAUAUCAUCCCACUUCCAGCUGCAGGAUGGCACCACAGGAACAAAAUGGGGUUGUAGAUGCCAGAUUACGAGUUUAUGGUUUGAAGGCUCUCCGGAUCUGUGACGCGUCGAUAUUCCCGUGGAUCGUUUCAGGACAUACGGCGGGUGCGUGUUUUGCGGCAGCUGAGAAGUUGGCAGAUGAGAUCAAAGCGGAUUUGUAAAGGUCCUUUUUCAAUCUUUGUUGCGUUAUGAUUAAAUCUAGCGGUUCGGAAAAAAGACUGCAACUUCCGUACACUGCAUACUGACAUAUGCAUCAAUCUUAUAUACUCUCUUCCAUUGUCCUGAGAUAGAUGCUGAUGCUCCUUGGUCCGUGCCGGUCAAAAUUUAUUCCAAGUAAGUCACCAUAUUAUUAUAUU